AUGAUGCAUGUGAGCUUUACCUCAGCAGUGAGACCUUGUCUGCCCUCAGGCUCUCUGCUACAAAAGCAACCUGCCUACCAAAGACCUGUUUGCAAAACUCUUCACUCCACCAUGACCAGAGCACCUCUCCUGCUACUAUGUGUUGCCCUGGUGCUGCUUGGGCAUGUGAAUGGAGCCACGGUAAGAAAUGAGGACAAAUGGAAGCCACUCAACAACCCCAGAAACAGAGAUCUGUUUUUCAGAAGGCUUCAGGCAUAUUUUAAGGGCAGAGGUCUUGAUCUUGGAACAUUUCCAAAUCCUUUCCCCACGAAUGAAAAUCCCUCUUUCCAAUCAGAAAUUACUGCUUCUGCAUCUGCAGAUUAUGAAGAGCAGAAAAACUCCUUUCACAAUUAUCUCAAAGGCUGAAAGUUUCUUCUGAGCUCAG